GUAACGCCUACCAAUGUGAAAGCUAUUCAUAGAGACCGAGUUUCUGCUGGCAGCAUGUCAAUAGUCUUCAUCGAUCCUCCGGCAACAGUGAUAAUAACAAAAGUAAGCCCACCGUAUGAGUGCAAUCCUGUACAUCUUCAACGAUUUCUCGAGAAAAUUUUAGGGAUUCUGAAAGGAGAUGACGUCUCUCUAAAAGCGCUAGAUACGGUGAAACAAUCGGACUUUAAAGCAGUAGUGAAAUCAUUAAAAGUAUCAAGUGAUAACUAUCGUGGUAUCACUUAUCCAUCAUCAUUAGAGACACUUGAGGUGUCAGGUUUAGAUCUGCAAUCAGUCGAUAGUCGAUGGUUUUCCCUUCCUAUGCUGACUAGCUUAGAUUUGUCAUGUAAUCGUCUUGGUCAAGCAAGCAAUUUUACGAAGAUCAAGCUUAUAUCAAAAUUGAGGAAUUUACGGGUUUUAUCUCUGGAAAGAAAUGAAAUCAAUUCGCUUCCGCCAAUGUUCUUUGAUUUAUUACCUCCUUCAUUGUUGGCGUUGAAUCUAGCUCAGAAUUUGCUCGUAUCCUUGCCAGAUUCCAUAGUAAAAGCUCGAAGUCUGCAGAAUUUGAAUUUGAGUCACAAUUUGCUCACCAGCCUACCCAGAGAUAUCUCUGACAUGCCAUUGCGAUGUUUAUUUCUUGACCACAAUCGAUUACCAUGUCUUCCUUAUGAUCUCAAAAUGAAGCGUUUCGAGAAGUUAUACUUCGACUACAAUCCUAUGAUUGCUGCGUAA